GUUUGGACCAAGAGGAACCAGAACCUCUGCAGAUAAAAGAAGAGCAGAAAGAACCAGAACAUCCCUGGACAAAAGAGGAAACCAUGGAGUUCCCCAUUAGUGAGCAGGAAGAGCAGCUUGUUCUGAAGCAGGAGACUGAAGAUACAGGAGAGGAACAUUUCCUGUGUUUGACAUGUGGAGAAAACUUUCAAAAUAAAGAACAUUUUAUUGAUCACAAGAGCACUCACUCAGGCGAGAAGAUCAGUGAAUGUCUGUCCUGUGGAGAAAGCUUUUCUCAGAAGUUAAAUCUUGUUACAAACAUCAGACUACAUACAGACCAUCUACAGGAUUAUGUUGGAAAAGAGGAGGAUUUCUUUGACCAGCAGCUCUGUGGACAGCAGAGGAAUUCCAGUUCGGACCAAGAGGAACCAGAACCUCUGCAGAUAAAAGAAGAGCAGAAAGAACCAGAACAUCCCUGGACAAAAGAGGAAACAAUGGAGCUCCCCAUAAGUGAGCAGGAAGAGCAGCUUGUUCUGAAGCAGCAGACAGAAGUUACAGGAGAGAAACCUUCCCCAUGUUUAAAAUUUGGAAAAGACUUUUUAAAAAAAGAACCUUUAAUUGUUCACAUGAGAGCCCACACACAUAAGAAGAUUUAUAAAUGUCCUUCCUGUGGAAAAAUGUUCACAAAAAAAUCUGAUCUUGAUAGACACGUUAGAAUUCACACAGGUGAGAAGCCUUUUUCCUGCACGAUUUGUGGCAAACGUUUUACUUUAAAACAUUGUUUGACUGGACAUAUGAGAAUUCACACUGGUGAGAGGCCCUUUGAAUGUCUAUCCUGUGGAAAAAUGUUCACAAAAAAAUCUGAUCUUGACAGACACAUUAGAAGUCACACAGGUGAGAAGCCUUUUUCCUGUACCAUUUGUAACAAGAAUUUUACUGAAAAGGGAAAUUUGACUAUUCACAUGAAAAUUCACACUGGUGAGAAGAUUUAUGGAUGUCUGUCCUGUGGAAAAAUGUUCACAAAGAAAUCUGAUCUUGUUAGACACAUCAGAACUCACACCGGUGAGAGGCCUUUUUCCUGUACCAUUUGUAACAAGAAUUUUACUGGAAAAAGUAGUUUGACUAAACACAGUAGAAUUCACACAGGUGAGAAGCCUUUUUCCUGCACGAUUUGUGGCAAACGUUUUACUUUAAAACAUUGUUUGACUGGACAUAUGAGAAUUCACACUGGUGAGAAGCCUUUUUCCUGUACCAUUUGUAAAAAAAAUUUUGCUAUAAAAGGUAAUUUGACUGCUCACAUCAGAAUUCACACAGGUGAGAGGCCUUUUUCCUGCAAGAUUUGAGGCAACCGUUUUACUCUAAAAAGGUAAUUUGACUAGAGAGACACAUGAGAAUUCACACGGAUGAGAGGCUGUUUUCCUGAAUGAUUUAAAACAAAGGUUUUAAACAAGAGGGUAAUUUGAGUAGUUAGAUUACAAUAUUCAUACAUGAUGUGGAAUGAUUUAU